AUGUCGACAUGUCUUUCCGUGCCCCUGAUCAGCGAGCCGCAUUUGCAUGCUGAAGGCGGUGCGCAAGGCUGGGCCACGCCGGCCUUUGAUGCGAGGCUUCGGAGCGCGGCUUGGCGGCUGGACCGCGCUGCGCCGGCGCCGAGCAUUCGGCAUUUUCAGCUCCGGGCACGGGAGCAUUGCCACGACCGGAACGCGGUUGCCGCGCGCACAGAGUCACUGCUGCGCUUCCUGCGUGCACCGUCCUUGCAAGGCAUGGUGGAGACCCAUCGCGCCACCCUGCCAGGCAUGAAGGGACAGAUCAAGAAAGAUCCUGCGGACGAAGAGGUUGGGCGGAUCCCCAACAUCAAACCGGUAAAGCGUCGGCGCCUUCAGCGUCAUGACGUGCAGGUGAGCCAAAGCAUGGGCGCCAUUUGCAAGAAAGAGGAGAACAAGGAAGCCGGCCUUGACUUGCACAACCUUUGGUUGAAGAUCAAGAUGGAGGAAGUGAAGACAGAGCCGGCAGACUGCAAGGUGAAGCCAGAAUCUUCCUUUUCGACCAGCGCAUCUGGAAAAGACGGCAAGAACAAGGCGCAGGCAGCAGACGGAACGGCCGCCAGGGUGAAAGCAGAGUCAGUGCUGGAAGAGACUGGCCGUCAGUUGGCCCUUCACAGCCUGGCUGAUGGCAAAGACCUGACGGAUUUUGAGGGCCAGAUGACUGUGUGGGCCCAUCAGUGUGCGGAGUUUCGCAGAAAGUCAACCUGGACACCCUCAAGGCCCUGCUGCCCGGCAAGCCUCUUCUUCAACUCCCUCAUCGUACCGGAGGAGGGCCCGCCGUGCGUGCAGCGCCUGUCUCAGAAGGAGCUGUGCUGCCUGCGGCGCUUCUUCAAGCGUGGGCAUCCCAUCUUUGCCGCGCCACUGGCAGCCGCUGACCCCAUAACGAAGCGGUUUGCAAGUGCUGUGACAACCGACGCGCGCGAGGAUGCAAGCUUCCCGGCAAGCAUGAAGAUGUGGCCAUGGAUGCGUGACCUUCCCAGCGGCCUUUGGGCUGGUCGCGGCUUGGCCUAUGACAAGCAGAAUGGCUUGCGGCGCUUGUCCUCCGCAGGCGGCGCAGAAGCCAUGCACGACGUCCAAGUCUGGGAGUCUGUCGGAGCUGCUGGGCCGCCGGCUGCUCAGCCGCCAACAGCCGCACAGUCAGCUGCUGCAAAGCCCGGCACUGUGGCUGUUGCCGCUGGGGAUACAAGAGGGAAUCCAAGCAAUGCUGUGAAGCCUGCGAGGGUGCUGUCCAAGCAGCAGGAGAAGCAAAGUGGCGUUCCUGGCAUUAGUUGGCUGGCACCACAGUUUAGUUGGCAGCUUAAAUGGACCGAGAAAGGCAAAGCAGGAGCCAGCGCGCGGUGUUACAAAAGAUUUAGCAUCAACAGCUUCAUGAAGGAGGGCCUUGACGAGCAGCGUGCUGAGGCCGCCGCCCUGGAGGCCGCCAAGCACUUCCGCACGGACUUGGUGGCCAGGGGCCGCAUCAAGGAGAAGGUCCGGGACGAGAGCCGCACCUCCGACGUGCCCGGGGUGGAGUUUGAGAAAGGCAGGAAGAAGUGGCGUGUCCGGGUCAGAAAGGGCGGCAAGAGAAUCGAGGGCGGCUGCUUCACGGAGAAGUCCGCGGCGGAGGCCUGCGCCUUGGAGCUCCGGGAGCUCCACGGGCUGCAGCGCACCGUGAAGCGCUGCGCUGCCUGGGCGGAGCUGCCAGUGAUUCAGCCUAAGGUGCCGUUCCCGGGCGUCGGCUGGCACGCGCCAAGUCAAUGCUGGCAGGGCCGAACUUCAGGCAAGAGCAGAAAGUAUUGCUCGUUUAGGCCUUUGGACCACUCAGAGGCAGAGCUGGAGAAAGCCUUCGCUGAGGCAGUUGCCUGGCUCAAGAAGCAGCAGAAGGAGAUGCAAGCCCGAGAAGGUGCCGUGGCACAGAUUGACAAGAAGGGAAGGAGCAAGAAGGGCUGA